CCAUAACAUCGAUGGUUUGCUGUAAAUCGGGUAAGUGUUCGUGGUAUGGCCCGGGCGCUGAUGGCGGGACCACCGCUUGCGGCACAAUCUUUCACAUGAUGGAAAUGACUGCCGCCCACCCGUCACUCCCAUGUUUCACCAAGAUCAGAGUCGAUGCCAAUGGUCGCAGUGUGCAGUUGACCGUCACUGACCGUGGUCCAUUUGUGGCCGGACGCAUACUCGACCUGAGCAUGGGUGGCGCGCAAAUAGUGGGCAUGAUUGACCAGGGUGUUGUUGAUUGCAGUGUCACACCCAUAUAA